AUGAUGAGAGAUCGAUCUUGGAUGUACCGUUGCUUAACUGUUGAUGGAUUCAUUAGAGAUGAAUUUGUAAAUGGAGUUAAUGAAUUCAUUCAUUUUACACGUUCUAACACUACAUUUAUGUUGAAGAAUAAAAUUAGAUGCCCUUACUCUCGAUGUAGUAACAACAAGUUUCUAUGUGAGGAUAAGGUGACAGAGGACAUACUUAAUAGGGGUUUUAUUGGUGCUUACACAAUUUGGAGUUUACAUGGGGAACAUGAUGUUGGACAAUCAUCAAGAAGUAGAGAUAGAAUUAAACCAUAUGCUAGUAAUGAGGAACAUGAGGAAUAUGGAGAACCUAUAUAUGAUGAGGAAAUAGAAAAUCCAUAUAGUAGAAUGGUUAGGGAUGCUAUAGGUCUAGAAGUUGCUUUCAAUUAUGGUUGUAAAAAUGAGUCAAGGUUUAUGGAAGAAGAUCCAAAUCCAAAUGCAUUUAGCUAUUACUUUUUGUUAAGUACUAUAGAGGAACCUUUGUGGUCAGGUUGCACAAAGCACACAACGCUUUCAGUUGUCUCGCAACUUUUAAAUGUUAAGUCAGAGUACAAUUUGAGUGAGUCAUGUUUUGAUCGACUGUUGGAGAUAAUAAAAAAUAUGUUGCCUUCAGAUGAAACUUUACCUACUGAUUUUUAUAGAUUGAAAAAAGAGGUAGCAAAACUUGGAUUGGGUAUAUCAAAAUUCAUGCUUGCAAAAAACAAUUGCAUGCUAUUUUGGAUGGAAACUGCUAAUUUUGAGCAUUGUAUGAUAUGUGGACAUCCUCGGUUUAAAUUGAGGAAAUCAAGUGUGAAAAAGCAGAAGAAAAUACCUUACAAGAUUUUGCGUUACUUGCCACUUAUACCUAGGCUUCAAAGGCUUUAUAUGUCAUGCAAAACUGCUGAAUAUAUGACGUGGCAUGUGCAAAACCAAAGUGAUGAUGGAGUCCUCAAACACCCUGUUGAUGGUAAGGCUUGGCAACACUUCAACCGCACACAUGACUUAUUUGCAAUGGAACCUCGAAAUGUCAGACUAGGGUUAUGUUCUGACGAUUUCAAUCCUUUUGGAUCGACUGCAAAACCAUAUUCUGUUUGGCCAGUAAUGCUAUGUGUGUACAAUUUACCCCCAUGGAUGUGUAUGAAACAACAAUAUACAUUUCUUAAUAUGGUUAUUCCAAGGAAGAAAAAUCCAAGUUAA